AUGGACCUGGAGUGGAUCUCCAAAGUGAGAGUGAACACACAGUCUGUCCUAAAGAGAGCUCAACAUGUUCAGGGCCUGAAGGUCUCCAAGAAUCAGUGGCAGGCUGCCUGGCUGCUGAAGGCCGUCACGUGCAUGGACCUGACAACCUUGGCUGGAGAUGACACGCCAUCCAACGUUCAGCGGCUCUGUGUUAAAGCCCUGCAGCCGGUGCGGUCCGACCUGCUCAGGAACAUGGACAUGCACGACAAAGAGGAUGCUGAGGAACCUGCUCCACAUCCUGAACAUCACGUCACCCCCCAGGACACCCUGGACUCUUCCUGCACCUUCAGUCACACUGAGACCACCAGGCGCUCCACAGAACAGGAAGUCCUUCACACUGCUCAACUCCUCAGCCUUUAG